AUGCAGAAAGAGCUUGAGAGGUGUAAAGAAAGGGUUGAGGAAGCAUCUAGGUGUCAAAUACACUUGGAAGAGCAAGCUUUGCAGAUGGAAACAUCUAGGAGUCAAAAUGAGUUAGAAGAGCAAGCUGCGCAUAUAAAAAUUGAAUUUGGAGAAUCACUUGGAAGAACAGUGGGCCUGAGGCAGAAAGAACCUGACAGGUACAAUGAAAUGUUUGAGGAGCCACCUAGGUGCCUACUUCAAUUAGAAGAGCAAAUUUCUCAGAUUGACCGUGACUCAGAAAGGAAACUGACAGAAGUUCACAAUGCUUUGGAAAAAGCAUAUUCUGAAUUGGUUGAGAAAAUUUGUGAAGGACAUGAAAUUGAAUUUGAAUUGUGGAUAUGGAAAUCUAUUGCUGAGCGGUUAAAAGUUGAGCUUGAAGAAAGUCAGGAAUUGGUAAAGAAUUAGAAGCUUCACUUCUUGCACAAGUGGAGGUUGGAGAAACUAUCAAGCAAUAGAAAGAAGGGAGAAUAGUAAAUCUCCAGCAGCAGAGAGUGUCACUAGAGCAAGAGCUCAAAGCCAGAGAAUUAGAAGCAGUGAGUUCUGCAGAAAGCAUUCUUCAAAUCACAAGAGAACAGGACAAGAUCUUAGAGGAUCUUCAGAAAGAGAUUGGAUUGCUAGCAGAAGAACCAUUCAGAAGGGAACUGGAAGGUGCUGCAUUUGCACAUAUAGUAUAGGUGCAGAGAGAAAAUUUGAGCAAGAAAAUUGUGAGAUUUUUGGAUUAAAAUAAAUAAUAUUUCACAAAUUAAGUGAAAAUUUUCACAAAUAA